AUGCCUUCAACUGUCUUUCAAUGGCUAAGUCUUGUGGGCAUCAUUUGGCUCCAAUCCAUAAAUGGAACAAACACCAAUUUCCCUGCUUACUCCUCACAGCUGAAGCAUCUCCUUACCAUCUCACAAUUUCAGCUCAAUAACCUUGCUUUUGCCUCUGAUGCUGGAAAAGUUUUUGGCUUUUUUUCUGGCUUGGCUGCAUUUUACUUCCCCCUUUGGCUAGUGCUCAUGAUUGGUUCAACUCUUGGGCUAAUUGGCUAUGGUGUACAAUAUCUCAUCAUAACAGAACAGAUCUCCUCUCUCUCCUAUUGGCAUGUCUUCUUUCUAACAGUUUUAGCAGGAAAUAGCAUUUGUUGGAUUAACACUGUCUGCUAUGUCAUCACAAUAAGGAACUUCUCAUAUGAUUGCCAAGUUGCUGUGGGGAUAACAACUAGUUACCAAGGGUUGAGUGCUAAGAUUUAUACCAGCAUUGUUGAUGCAGUUGCUGGAAACAAAAGGGCCAAAACAUUUCUCUUUCUAAACUCAGUCUUACCUGUGAUAGUUAGCCUAAUAGCAGCUCCUGUGGUUAGAGAAAUAGAAGUCGUAAGGCCUAAACACAUUAGUGUUGGAUUUGUUCUUAUGUUUGUUAUAACAAUUGCCACAGGAAUUUAUGCUGUGAUGAGCAGCUUGGAAUUUGUCUCCAGCAGAAUAUCUUCACUUGGGAACCUUAUUGGUGUUCUAGUGUUCCUUCUCUUGCCUCUAUUAGUUCCACUUUCCAUGAAGAUCCAUGCACUAGUUGGGUCAUGGCACAAAAAUAGAGAAAAACAAAGAGUGUAUAAUUUUACUUCGGAGGAUGGUCAUAAAGAAGAGAGAAUAGAGAAUGAGGAGAAAGAAGGUGAAGAAGAUAGUGGAGAAGUUCAAGACGUAGGUAUGAGAGAAGAAGUAGGAGCAAAAUUAAUGGUGAGAAGAAUAGAUUUCUGGUUAUACUUCUUUGUCUAUUUGUUCGGUGCAACACUCGGUUUAGUGUUUCUGAAUAACUUGGGGCAAAUAGCUGAAUCCCGGGGUUACUAUAGAACUUCAUCAUUGGUGUCAUUGUCUUCUUCUUUUGGAUUCUUUGGCCGUCUCAUGCCAUCUAUAGUGGACUACUUUUACAGGAAUAAGUGUGCAAUAUCAAGACCUGCUUCUAUGAUGGUAUUAAUGGCUCCAACUGCAGGUGCAUUUUUUUUACUUCUCAACAAGACUCACCUUGCCCUCUACGUUAGCACUGCCAUAAUUGGAGUGUGCACUGGGGCAAUCACUUCAAUCGCUGUGUCCACGACCACUGAGUUAUUUGGAACCAAGAAUUUCUCCGUGAACCAUAAUGUGGUGGUGGCCAACAUUCCUGUGGGGUCCCUUUUGUUUGGCUACCAGGCUGCCAUUGUUUACCAUAAGGCAGGGAAUGAAAAUGGAAAAUGCAUGGGCAUGGAAUGCUACAGAAACACUUUCAUCAUAUGGGGUUCCCUUUGUUUCUUUGGCACUUUUUUGGCUUGCAUUCUACACGCUAGGACCCGCAAAUUUUACUCACAUAAGCUAUAG